GUUGUGUUUUACGAAGGAUUUCAAUUGAGAACAACUCAUCUGAAUUAGCUAUAUAACGGUUCACCCUUCUUUUCUGCAAUAGACGACUAGACGACAGAUGAUAAGGCAUAUCAUCAGAAACGCGCAAAUCAUACGACAAAACCACAUUCCCACCGCAUCAUCGUUAGACGAAGAAAUAUUAAGGGAAAUCUAUAUUUCAGAGAUAGGAGCUAUGGUCAUGGCGAAUAACGACGGAUUCGAGUUUACCAAACUCGCGCGCGCGGAUACCGACGCCGACGAUGAGGCACAUGCAUCCGAACAGGCUCCUUUCAUUCGCGCAGAGGACCGUGAGAAUGAGGAUUUAGAGGCGCAGGCAUCAUCAGCGCCGCCGGCAUACGAAUCGCAAGCACCUGGGACGACUGAGACUACAGCGGCAGCGGCAGCAAAGGAAGAUCCGCCUACGAUCUAUAAGUUUCUUGGGAGCAUUAUGUUCUUGGUAGGAGUCUUCAUGACCCUUGGGGUUGCUGCGACUAUCGGCAUGCUCUUGUUCAAGUUCUUCCACUUCUUAUGGGUUAAAAUGGGCUUGAUUAGUGGUUAAACUGCUGGACCAGCUUGGGAUGGGUCGGUUGAUAGGAAGAUCUAGAGGGGGGUUGGAUUUGGCGCUGUUAGAUGUAUGAUAGUGGAUGGGAUGGUGCGCCAUAUUAAAUCCAUCGGAGCAUGUUCACGGGGUGGGUAUCUGGGCAUAUGGGCAUGGCGUUUUUGAAGUUAUGAAUACUUACGCGUGGUUGAAAAUAGUUGUAAAAUACUAAAACUACAUGCGUAAAUAGAAUUUGGUAUCUAGUGUACCCCAGAUGUGCUUGAACUGUCU